UAUGAAGCCGCGCGCAGUCUGAUUAAUAGUUUCUAAAACAUGUUACUAUUCGUUAUGUUUUUUUUUGUUCGUCAAGUGCGGGUAGGGGAAGCUCUAUUACAGGGUUAUGUUAAUGGCGGUUCCUAUUCUAAGCUGCAGACGUUUCCUCACACGGCGUUUCUAUCGGUGUCGUGUCAGAGGGAUCAACUGGAUGUAAUCCAAAAAGAAUGGUUUUGCGGUGCAUCCGUCAUUCAUAAGUUGGCUUUGCUAACUGCCGCGCACUGCUUAAAUGGAUGCUUCUCAAGCAAAAUAGUAGCCGCAGUGAGCAACGCUCUGGACCGCAGGUUCACGUACCCUGCGAAAGACGCGCACGUCCACUCUGCUUACAACGUGGUGACGUUCGAGAAUGAUAUCGCCAUUGUCGAACUGGGACACGGCGUAACUUUCAACGAAUUCAUCAAACCUGCCAUUUUGAAACGUCAGCUCAGGUUCCGCGUUCUGGAAGCUUUUCUCCCCGGCUGGGGAUAUAUUAACCUGUCAGAGCGACGUGAGGGCACGGCAUUGAAACAGACGAGGCAGGAGGUGUUCAGCCGGACCUUGUGCACUGAGUUGCUGGGCAAUCUGCCUGCGGCUGACUUCUGCGCUGGCAACGACCACAUCAGUCACCACACCGCCACAGAGUCCGGAAGUUCGCUGGUGGCGUAUUCGGAAGAGGGUGACAUCAACAUCGGUAUCAUCACCUACCACAUGCCGAACAUCACGAGAACUGUCCACGUGUUCACUUUUUUGCCAAUGUAUUACCAAUGGAUUACCGAUAAAAUUAACAACAUUCAGAACGGAAUUGCGCCAGAGUCGACGCAUGGAAUACCUUCAGCAGUAAUUACAACGCAUUAAACACAUUUGUACCUUGCUAACCCUAGUUCAGUCUUAUUUUUUGCUCAGCUCACGCAAAUAUAGGUAAUCAUACAAUAAGCCCGUUGUUAAAACAGGUAUUUUGCUCAAUUGUUUAUAUUGUAUUGUAACUAGUACCUGCCGCGCUAACGACGUAGCAUCUGAGCACUAUAGAGUGCUCUGCCUAGCUUCUCAAGUCUACAAGAUGACAGAAUAAUUAAUCGUUCGACACAUUCGACGUCCUUGCCGAGAUAACAAAAUUUACUUUAGCUACUGCUUUUGUCACAGAAUGUCUGAUGCUGAGCGAUAUAACGAUCCGAGUUUAAAUAAUUGUAUCUCGAUAUUGCGUAUUUUGGGCUUUUAUUCAUAUGAUGACAUCCGCUACACGGACCACAAAUAUCUGUACUGAAUUGAUGGUGGCACUGCCAUUGUUCCUAUAUCGAUCACCUUGAGAGAGUUUUUGUCGAUAUUUUCAGUCAAUAAGUAGUUUUCGGCAAAUCCAGUCAAUUAAGUUACAUACAUUUUUAUAGUUCAGCAUCCACUAGAUGGCACCACUAGUACUGUAUAUACCAGUACUAUUUAUUUCACUGCCUCCCUAGACGAGUGGCUUGCACACCUGUUUUCAUGAUAUCACCACACUCUGUGGUCGCGGGUUCGAUCCUCGGCAAGGUCUAUGUAGAAAAACUAACUUUUCUAUAUUGUCACGGGUCUGGUGUU